AUGAAAGUUGUCUUUUUACACCCCGAUUUUGGCAUUGGCGGAGCAGAAAGACUUGUUUUAGAUUCUGUGUUAGCGUUGAAAAAGAAGGGGCAUAAAGUUUGUGUUGUAACUAAUCAAUUUUCUUCUGACCAUUGUUUUGAGGAAUUGAAGGACUUUAGAGAAGAUUUGGAGGUUGUCGCACAGAAAUUGCCUCGUUCAAUUUUUGGAAAGUUUUCUGCGUUGUGUGCUUAUAUUAGAUUUUGUAUUGCUGCAUUUUAUGUUUGCCUUUACCAUCGUGAUGCUGACCUUGUUUUUUGUGAUCAGAUUUCUGCUCCAUUGCCUAUUUUGCGGCUAUUGUGUGGAUGUUCUAUACUUUUCUAUUGCCAUUACCCGGACAAAUUAUUGGCUAUUAAACGUGACACUUUCUUAAAACGACUUUACCGACUUUUUAUCGAUAAUAUUGAGACUUGGACAAUGGGUUGGGCUGAUCAAAUACUCGUUAAUAGUAAUUUUACUAAUGGAGUUGUUCAAGAGACAUUUCCAGCUUUAACCAAUCGUCCACUGACUGUUUUAUAUCCCUCAAUCAACUGUGAAUUUUUUGACAACGCUUUGAAAAAAUUUAAAGAAGACGGAAUUGAUGAAAUUGAGAAGACCUUGUCUGCGGAUUUGGUUAAUUUAUUAAAGCAAAAAGAGACAAUCAGUUUUCUUUCUGUUAAUCGAUUUGAACGAAAGAAAAAUAUGGAAUUGGCAAUUCAGUCUUUUGAAAAUUCAAAAAAAUGUAUUUUGGUGAUUGCUGGUGGUUAUGAUCCUUUAAAUUUAGAAAAUAUUGAACAUUUUGAUGAAUUGGUUAGAUUGUCAGAACAAUUAGGCAUUGCAGAGCAAGUUAAAUUCAUCAGAAGUCCAAAUGAUUAUUCAAAAAUUUGGUUAAUGUCUAUUGCCCGAUUAAUAAUAUAUACUCCGACAGGAGAACAUUUUGGUAUUGUUCCAGUUGAGGCAAUGUUUUUAUCUACUCCUGUAUUGGCAGUAAAUAAUGGUGGACCUACUGAAACAAUUAUUGACAAAAAGACGGGAUUUCUUUGCCCUCCAGAAAAGGAAAUAUUUUCUGAAUCGAUGGAAUUUGCAAUAAACAAUUCUGAAAUUAUUAAAGAAAUGGGAAUUUUGGGUAAGUAAAAAUUUUGAAAUUUUUUGAAAAAAAUUUUAGGCCGUCAAAAUGUCGAAAAGAAUUUUUCU